UUGACGCAAAUUAUAUUUUCCCUGGACUUAUAAAUUAUUUGACGUGACACUUGGCAUAUAUCGGCAGUAAACAGUACACGUGUGCGACGCGAGGGCAAAAGGAAUAUCUCAGGGUUUUUAGACAGAGGGGUGUCGACGAUGAAGACAAUCGUUAGUUUGGUAUUGGGGGUGAUACUGCUGGCGUCACAGAAUGAGGCUGCAAAUCAGAUAAGCAUGAAAAACUGCAUGGAUGUACUUAUACUCGUCGAUAAAAGCUGUAGCAUCAACGACAUAGACAAAAACCAAGUACGCCAAGGCCUCCUUGAUCUCGUCGAUAUGUUCCCGAGUGUCGGGACUUCUGCAUUCGAUCGGGUUCGCAUUUCUAUAGUAACAUUCGCAGAAGUACCCAAGGUGAAAAAUUACGACGACGAGAAUGAUACUCUUAUCCAGUUGAGCUUUAAAGACGGAAAAACAAAGAGAACGGUUAAGAAUGUCAUUAGAAAUAUGGAAUUAAGGACAGAUGGAGAUGGAGUAAAUGAGCCAUGUAAAACUAAAACGUGGAAAGCGUUUAAUUACGUCUGGAAUCAGGUUUUUAACAAAACGGAAGCCGAGAACGGGAAUAGACCAAAUGUGUCUGAUGUAAUUCUUAUGGUUUACGAUGGGAUCACAUAUCCACACGAAGAGCAAAACAAAUCCAUAGCAAACGCAAGGCUACUGAAGAGCAGGGGAGUAGAAAUAUUUGCAGUAGCACCAAUGAAUUUAAAUACGCAAAUUCAUGGCAUUGACCCAGAUUACGAAUUAAAAGAUAUAGUAUCUGAACCAGCUGAUGAUUUAGUAGGAAAUAGUGUACGCCAUUUGUUCAGAUUAGACGAAGUUGGUUAUUUGGGCGCUUUGGAAGCUUCAAUAAAUGCCUUAGGGACACCGGAAAAUGCACCGAGUGAUAUAUUUGGAAUGAGUAAUUUUAAUUACGUCUGCAGCGAGCCGGAGCCUCUCAGAGAUUCCCACGCCGCUUGUCAAGAUAUCAUGUUCAUCAUUGACACAUCUUGCUCACCAAGUACCACACACGCAAGCGUCAAAGAGUUCUUGAAGACGUUUGUCACUAAACUCCAACUGAUAGAUCCUGUGUUCGGAUCCGCUGUUGGUAUCAUCACAUUUAACAAGUGGGCAACAACUAAAUUAACUAUGACCAGAUAUACUCAACCUUGGGAGGUAGAUGAUCUUAUAAGCUUUAUUGACGAUGAUCUUGUACUAGAGACAGUCGAUGAUAAAUGCAGAACACUUCCAUAUCACGCACUUAACGAGUUACAAAAACAUUUUGGUCCACAAAAUGGCGAGGCCCUUACAGCAAGUGGUGAUCGUCCAGGAUUUCAUAAUACAGUAAUAUUCAUUGGAGACUUGGCGACAUAUCCGGCAACUAAACGAGACAAGACCAUUGCUGCUGCAGAAGCUGCUAAAGAACUUGCUGAACUGUUCAUUCUUCAGACACCCAAUGAAUUCUCAGAUCCCAACGAGGAGACGGUUUUAGACACUUACAUAGCUUCUUCUAUGGAUCACAUAAUACAAUGGGUCGACCCGGCCAAUCCAGAGUUCGAAGAGAUGUGCAACCGACUCGUGGAAAUCGCAUUAAGUCACGAGUGUCCACAAGCAAAUGGCGGUCAGUAGAUGGUUAGGGGAAUGCGCGUUGUCACCAUGACGACAUGCAAACAAAUGAGGAUAGCAUUGAUAUGGACUGGAACUAAACACGGAGCUGAUUUGGGACUAUAGUCAAAUUAGAUGUAUACUGGAUUCAUACUAAAAUAUAAUCUAUAGAAUGAUGCAGAAUGAAGAAUAUGUUAUAUCUAUAUUGUAGCUUAUAAUAGCAUAUGUUUAGCGCAACGAGGAGGCAUAAUAUGUUUUUAGUUUUUAUGCACAAUGGUUGAAUUGGAAGUCCAACAAGUAGUUCCAAGGAGGAUUGGCUCCCAGGGUUCCAACUCGAUAUUUUGAUAUCCAAGUAUAGUACUGUUAUAUAUAUACUGAUCGGUCUGCAUAUUUCUACGGCUGCAAUGA